AUCACCCCUCUAGAACCUUAAAUUGGUCCGUCCCUAAACUGGCUGAACAAGUGUCAAAACAAGUGUACGACACGUCGACAGUGUUGUGUUGUCUAAAGUACGAAGUCCGACCAAACCUCUAUCUUCUGUCCCAAGCUCAGUUUGAUAGGGCAGACAUGUCUGGUUCAUCCCAGGUCAUGUUGAAGACCUCCUUCUGGACAAACGUGUUUGUGGUAGGUGGAGUGGUGUUCCUGGCACUGGUGUUCUACCUGGGAGCCAUCCACCUCCCCAACAGUGACCCGGAGAAGACUGUGUCCCUCAGCAGUAAUAAGGGAGGAGGUGGAAUGGGAGGUGUUCUCAGAAUGGAUGAACAGAUAUAUCCCCACCUUCUUGAGUUUGGAGGAGCCAGAGUGUGGUACCAGGAGAAAGUCCCACCGAAUCCCAAGUGUGACGUGCUGUUGUUACAUGGACAGGCCUUUAUCUCUCAGACCUGGGUGGACCUGGGGACUGUGGACAAGCUGGCCGACGCUGGAUGCAGGGUCGUGGGUCUUGACUUACCGGGCUACGGCAAAUCAUGGAUGGCGGCCAGGGGGCAGGAUCCCAUCAAGCCGCCAGGGUUCCUGCACAAGUUUAUAAUUGCUGCCAAGCUGAACAAACCGUUUAUCGUCAGCCCCUCCAUGAGCGGCUCUUUUUCCCUCUCCCACCUGAUGGAACAUCCUGACGACAUCUCAGGCUUCAUCCCCAUAGCUCCAGUUGACACGCAAAAGUACAAAGACGAAGACUAUAAGAAAGUCAAGACCCCGACUCUCAUUAUCUACGGUGAGGAAGACAAGAGUCUUGGCGUGCAAUCGUACGAGAGGUUGAAGAACCUGCCAAACUCCCAGGUUCACGUACUGCCCAAGGCUAAACACCCCUGCUACCUGGACCAGCCGGACAUGUUCCACCACCUGGUCACCGAAUUUAUCCAGAGGAACACCAAGGACUGAGGAGCAGUGUUCUUAUCCAUCGGUUAUAAAUAUAUCAACAGAUGAUCUUUUGAGAAUUUUUUCUUCUGUUUUACUAAUGAUAUGAUCAUUAUGUAAAGCUUGUUCAUGCUUUUGUUCUGACUUGUUUUUGUAGAACUGGUUGUAAAAGGAGUUACAAAGGGCAUACAUGUAGCUGUGUAUGUGUGAAUUGGUUGUGGUAUUAGAUAAAAUGCUAUUCUAAUUUUUUUUUGGCUUAAAAUGUUGAUGGUGUAUUCUACCCUUGGGCAUUAAGUUUAGAUAUAAAGGGGAUGCAGAAUAAUCAAUAGCUUAAUGAAGUACACUUCGUAUGAGGGUAACUACGUAAUAAGUCAUG